AGCGCGUCACUAUAGUAUACGUUCUGUCGAGGUCCUCAUUGCUCGGUCGGUUCCAUUCGACGGUCUGUACUCGUAGGGAUAAGACAGAUUUUGUUACUUCGUUGCCGUCUGACCUUUACAGUCUCAUUUGCUAUUUGCAUAAAUAGAAGUAGAAGCCUAGCUAUGACUGAACAAGAGAAUAAGGAUUUCAGCGAGGACGUCGCCGAACAAAACUUUGAGCAGAAUGGAGAAGCGGAAAAUGGCGAUCAGGAGAAUGCCGGUGCUGGAGGAGGCGAUGCUACCGAAAAUGGACAAGAAUCUCAGGAAGACAGGUCUGCUAAGGAAUUACAGGAUACACUGAAUGAUAGAAAGCUGUUUGUUGGUGGACUCAGCUGGGAGACAACAGAAAAAGAGCUGAGGAAUCAUUUCAGUCAGUUUGGUGACAUUGAAAGUAUCAAUGUCAAAACUGAUCCAUUCACUGGCCGUUCAAGGGGAUUUGCUUUCAUUGUAUUUUCCAAAGUUGAAUCUUUAGACAAGGCAAUGGCACAUGGUGAUCACAUCAUAAACAACAAGAAAGUUGACCCCAAAAAAGCCAAGGCAAAGGCACGCCAUGGUAAAAUUUUUGUUGGAGGUCUUUCUACCGAACUUUCAGAUGAUGACAUUAAGAAUUUCUUCAUUCAGUUUGGAACGAUCAUUGAUGUUGAGAUGCCAUUUGACAAGACGAAAAAUCAGAGAAAGGGUUUCUGUUUCAUAACUUUCGAGUCCGAACAAGUUGCUAACGAUUUGUUGAAAACUUCAAAACAAACAAUCAAUGGCAAAGAUGUUGAGGUGAAAAAAGCCACACCCAGGCCUGAAAUGGGAGGUAUGCGCGGAAUGGGUCGCGGAGGUCGAGGUGCUCGCGGUGGACGCGGCCGAGGCUUUGGUAGCCAAGGUGGAUGGGGCCAGGGUGGUUAUGGCGGUGGUUAUGGCCAAGGCGGAUAUGGAGGAGGAUACGGUGGAGGCUAUGAUGGUUAUGGGGGAAAUUACGACUACUACGGAGGUGGCUAUGGAGGCUACGGUGGUUAUGACUACAGUGGAUACGACGGCUAUGGCUAUGGCGGUGGUAGUUACGAUGGUGGCUACAGUGGUGGGCGCGGUGGUGCACGCGGCAAAGGAGGCUCAGGCUUUGGCGGAAAACAGAGAGGUGGUGGCCGUCAAAACCAGAGGCACCAGCCCCUCGCAGCUCCGUCACACGUUAGCGUACAAGCGCGCACUUGCGCUCGGCAACCGAGUUGUAGCCAUCAGCAGCAGCAGCAGCAGCAGCAACAGCAGCACAAGCAGCCAGGCAAGGCGCGCUCGGCACGUGCAGCCCAUCGGGACGAGGACGGCCGCAGCGACAGUGAUUCGAUAUCGCCAGUUCGGUGCAGUGGCUCACCCCGACCCGAGCAAAAAGGGACCGAAGAGAGCAGGAUCGAUCAUCGCGAGGGUCGCGCGUCGAUGGAUUCACCCAACAUGUACGACGCGCAAGCUCACCAAGUGGGCCAGCAGCAGCUGCAGGCCGAGUUGAAAAAGUCGAGCCAGCUGCUGGGCCAACAGAACAACAACAACAACAACAGCAACAAUAAUAACAACAACAAUAACAACAACAACAGCAGCCUGCAGGUAAAUCACAAUCAGGCCUUGAAUGGCGUAAGCAAAGUAUCGGCUUCAAAAGCCUCUGUUCACCAGCAGUACGCGGAGCACUGCGCGGUCGCCGGCGAACUGAUCGAUCUGAACAACCCCGAAAUGACGGUGGACCUGCAGCAGAUGAUCGACGACUCGCACUUCAACGACGGCCUGCUCGACAUGCUGGGCGCGGCGAGCAACGGCAUCGUGGCCGCGGGCCUGAAGCACGCGGCCGCGGCGCGACUGCCGCUCGUCGGCGCGGGCGCCAACGGCCAGUCGCCGUACGCGCGCCAGGCCGCGGCCGCGCUCGCCUACAUGCCGCAGCCGGUGCACAGCGCCGCGGCCGCGGCCGGCAGCUACCACCACGCGGCCAGCAGCCACAACAGCUGCAGCGACAGCAACAGCUCGAGCAGCGAGUCGCCGAGCAUCAAGGAGGAGCCCAUCGACCCCAGCGACUACCGGCGCCACUGCCAGCAGUACGCGCCCGCGCCCGCCUACGCGCCCGCCGCCGGGCCGUUCGCGGCCGGCGCGCAGCAGCAGCAGCAGCAGCCGCCGCAGCAGCAGCCCACCUUCACGACGCUCACGCCCUCGGGCCUGGGCCACGCGCUGCACGCGCAGCCGGCGCCGCAGGCCCACCCGCAGCCGCCGCACCAGCAGCCGCGCGCGCCCGGCGCGCUCAAGCAGGCCGGCCUGCUGGGCCCGCAGGCCGCCGCGGCCGGGCGCAAGCAGAGCAAGUCCGUGGACAAGGCCAGCGACGAGUACCGGCGGCGCCGCGAGCGCAACAACAUCGCCGUGCGCAAGUCGCGCGAGAAGGCCAAGGUGCGCUCGCGCGAGACCGAGGAGCGCGUGAAGCACCUCGUCAAGGAGAACGACGUGCUGCGCAAGAAGGUGGAGAUCCUCACCGAGGAGCUCAACGUGCUGCGCUCGCUCUUCAGCAGCGUGGGCGUGCUGCCGGAGCCGCUGCAGCGCGAGAUCUCCAGGCACAUCGACCAGUUCCAGCAGCACGUGCAGCCCAUGUAGCGCCCGCCCUAGUGCCCGCCGCGCUCGCCGCGCUCGCGGGCCCUCCUCUGUACCAUAGCCCCCGAUGCGCUCUCUCUUGCUCCGCGCGCCCCGCCCAAGUUACCACUCUCGAGCCACCCUCGAGCCCCGCUACUGC